CCAUCAUCUCCGCUUUAUUUAUUGGUAUAAGGAUAAGGAUGCAAUUUUGAGAUUGGUUAUAAUUGGAAAGGGGGAAUUCUGAGCAGCUAUGAGUGGGACAAAUGUGACCGGUAAUGGUCAUGCAACGACCUCCGCAAAUACAACAAAUGGCAAACCAACAAAUGGAACGAAACCUGUGAUGCGCAAACCAUUGGGAGGCAUCACUGUCAAAACAGUAAAGCGUACAACUACACCAGCUGUCAGACCUGGGCUAUCGAACAGUCAUUCCGCUCCUUCUUCGAAUCGAAUGCAUAAUGCUUUGCCAGAAGAAACAAGGAGAAGGAUAGAAGAAGCAAGGCUAGAGAAAGAGCGGAAGAAGCGAAAAGAAGAAGAUGAGAUACGACAGAAAAAGGCGUUCGAAAAUAGAGCAAAGCGAGAACACAGUACACCAAAGAAGAAAAAGGUGAAGCGACAAGUCUCAGAUGAUGAUAGUGAUGAUGAUCUAUUCUCUGGAAACUCUACACCAAAGAACGGCAAAAGCUCAAAACGUGGCGCUUCUGCGGAUGAAUCGAGCUGCUAUAAACGAUUGGGAAGAUUUGGUGUCACACAGCAUUAUCUAGUUCCUCGUGGAUUGAUGGAUCCCGACUCGUUCGCAGGACAGUCUUCGCGAGACGACAUUGAUGCGAUUCAGAGCUCAAGUCUAUUGAACGGAAAGGUUUUUGGAACAUUCUUCAAUGGUCUAGACCCGGAGCCUAGAGUGAGACUGGAAUAUCCAGCUGAUGGAUGUAGUGAAGAGUUUAUCCUACUGGUUCCAAAAGAUCGCGAUGAGUACGACCCAAUCUCCGACCUGUUACGCACAGUUCGCUGUAUUGUAGAGUUUUACCUGACACCAGAACAGCAAGCAUUAUUUGGAACAUUGGAUAGCCUAGAGACAAGUAGUGCAGCGGGCAAUCUCUUGUCGAAUGGACAGCGCAGUCAGACCCCUCGGGAAGGUUCAGUAUUAUCACCUUUGAGCACUGCGAUUAGCUCUCGUGAAGGAACUCCAGCGACACUUCCGGCUCUUGGUGAAAAUGGUCUUUCGGCACGACCAUCUCAAUCUGUACCCCUAUCGCCUGCCCGCUCAGCAAUGAUUGCUAGUGCAACAGCAGCAUCGACUCCCAAUGCGACGAAUGGCGCAGACGUUGACCCUGAUCCAAUUCUACGGUCGUUCACCAAAGCACGCAAUCGCAGAGAUGGCCCCCUGUUCUUAAGGACUAUCGAGCGGUUCAAUACUACACUCCGAUCUCUAAAAGAGACUGGCAAGAUCAGGGAAAAUGUUGAGGCCAUGAGUCAAACCGGCAUUGAUGAAGGUAUAUGGCGCUGCAUUCAAGAGCAAUGCUAUGCACGUACAGUUGCGCCUCGAGUGGAUGAAUUAUCCAAAUAUGAAGCAUUUAGCGAUAACGUGUAUGGAGAACUAUUGCCAAGGUUCAUGUCAGAGAUUGCACAAUUGACACAAUUGGGACCUGACUCAGUCUUUGUCGAUUUGGGAAGCGGAGUAGGCAAUUUACUGAUACAAGUAGCCUUGCAAACCGGUAGUGAAGCAUUUGGAUGUGAAAUGAUGAGUGCACCUUCACAGCUUGCAUCUUUGCAAGUGUCUGAAGCGGAAAAGAGAUGGAAAAUGUGGGGACUAAAGAGUGGAAAGACAGAAGCAUGGCAAGGAGAUUUUGGAGAAGAUGAAAAGGUACGAGAUGUUUUACGAAAGGCUGAUGUCGUAUUGGUGAACAAUUACGCCUUUACUGCACCUACGAACGAUAAACUCUCCUUACAGUUUUUAGAUCUCAAAGAUGGAGCACACAUCGUCUCUCUUAAGCCAUUCGUGCCACCGGAUUUCCGUUUAACGGAACGAACGCUAUCAAGUCCGUUAGCCAUCUUGCGAGUUGCUCAAAGGUUGUACACGAGCGGAUGUGUUAGCUGGGCGGAUGGAGGUGGAAAAUACUACAUUCACACUGUUGAUCGAACAUUGAUUGCCCGUUUCUUGGAAGAACAUCAAGAUAUGGCAAUAAGCAAAAGUCAUGCUCGUAAACGGCAAUGGAAAGCCGUUCAAGAAGAAUCAGAUGAAGAGGUCUAGAGAAGAGUGCUCAGUGUAACUAUUGCUUGUACACAUUUUAUUGCAUAUACAAUUCGUUGCCCUGUACUUAUUUGUAAUUUCCACUCACAAAUUAUAUAUUUGAUGUAUUUUAACAAAUCACGUUUUCCCGUUCCUGCACAUAAGAUGGUCAUGAUCAUGUAUGUU